CACAAUUGUAGAAAAACAAACACAAAAACAACAUGGAUGUUAGCUCUCCGAUCAUUUGCCUCCUUCUACACUCACUUGUGUUUGUUUCUUUGUUUUAUUGUAAUAAUUCUCUAGAAACAAGAAAUCCAUUAGUUAAUCAAACUUUUCAAUCAGAGGAUGAACUUGUUAAGUUGAAGGAAACCAUAGCUAUUCGUCUUAAGCAACUCAACAAGCCAGCAGUUAAGACAAUUCAGAGUCCUGACGGUGAUAUCAUAGAUUGUGUUUUGACACAUCAACAACCAGCUUUUGAUCAUCCUUUAUUGAAAGGACAAAAACCAAUGGAUCCUCCAGAAAUGCCAAAAGGAAAUAAUCAGAUAAGUAAUUUGAGUGAAAGUAUUCAACUAUGGAGUUUAUCAGGUGAAUCAUGUCCAGAUGGAACAAUUCCGAUAAGAAGAAUAACGGAACAAGAUUUGCUAAGAGCUAACUCUGAUAUUAGAUUUGGGGAAAAGUUUAAUCACCAACAUGCAGUUCAGGUUGUGAAGGAUGCAGCGUACUAUGGAGCACAGGCUACUAUGAAUGUGUGGAAUCCACAUGGAGAAAGUAAAAGUGUAUUCAGCUUGGCUCAAAUGAGAAUAAUGUCUGGUACAUAUGGAAAAGACCUCAACACCAUUGAAGUUGGUUGGCAGGUAUACCCAAAAAUCUAUGGUGACCGCCGCACUAGAUUUUUCAUUUUUUGGACGGCUGAUGCAUAUCAACAUACUGGUUGCUACAACUUAAAAUGCCCAGGCUUUGUUCAAACGAACAAAGCUAUUGCACUAGGAGCUGCAAUUUCUCCCAUUUCUACAUAUAAUGGAAAUCAAUUUCAAAUUUCCUUAUUCGUAUGGAAGGAUGAAAUGACAGGAAAUUGGUGGCUUCGUUAUGGAGAUAAAAACCUUGGGUAUUGGCCAACCUCCUUAUUUACAAACCUGAAGAACGCUGCCGCUAGAGUUCAUUGGGGUGGAGAAAUAUUAGAUGAACAAUAUGAACAAGCUUCUUCCACCCAAAUGGGUAGUGGACACUUUCCUGAUGAGGGUUAUAAAAAUGCUUCCUAUUUUAACCAUAUUUAUGUUAUAGAUUCAAGGAGACUCUGGAUUCAGCCAACAGAUCCCAUGAUUUAUGCAGAUAGACCAAAUUGUUAUAAUAUAAUCGGAGGACUUGACAGUAGCUGGGGGACUUACUUUUACUAUGGUGGACCGGGCAAGAAUAAGAAUUGUCCCUAAAUAAAUAUUAUUACAUAUUCUAUGUAUGCCUUUCAAAUAAUUCCAUACAUUAAAAAUGAAUUAAAUUAAAUCAUAAUAAAAUGAAAUAUACCCUGCUUAUUUUUGUAUGAUAUAGGAAAUUUUUAUUUUGA